UCCAAUUUCAAAUUCUAUCCCUUCCGAAUAUUCUCUCAUCCAAUUCCUCCAUAUGUCACACUUUCAUCGUUUCAUCUCUAUGUUCUACGAUAAAUCCAGUUACACCCAUUCAAAUUCAUGUAUAAACACAUCCGAUUUCAACGAAUUAAUCAUAACCAGUAACCAAUCAUGAAAUUCUGGAGAAUUCUCAGCGAAUUGCUCGAUCAGACAUUGCCGGGUUGGCGUGAUAAUUUCUUAUCUUAUAAAGAUCUAAAGCAGCAGCUGAAUCUGAUCUAUCCCAAGGAUGUUGACGCCGCUGAAAGAAAUUCUCUUGUUCGGCCCUGUAAACGGUCUAGGUUGGCCGAUGGUGAGGCGGCUGUCUAUCGAGGAGAAGAUGCGGUGACGGAGGAGGUGACCCAUUUCGUCAUGCUUUUGGAGAAUGAAAUUAAUAAGUUUAAUUCGUUUUUUGUUGAUAAAGAAGAAGGGUAUAUUAUCAGAUUGAAGAUGUUGCAGGAUAGAGUGAUGGAGGUACGAGAUUUCACUGCAGAGUUGAUGAGUAUAGGGAGGGAAGCAGUUGAUUUUCAUGGGGAGAUGGUUUUGUUACUGAAUUACAGUGCCCUGAACUACACAGGUCUUGUGAAGAUCCUGAAGAAGCACGAUAGGCGAAGCGUUGAUCUCAUAAGCUUGCCAUUCAUUAAGAAAGUUCUACAACAACCGUUCUUCAAGACCGACAUUAUGAACAAGCUUGUGAAGGAAUGCGAGACAAUUCUGGAAUGUUUCUUCGCCAUGAGUAACCAUUCUUCAUCUGAAAAUGAAGGAUCAUCGUCGAUACCAACCAAUGGUGGUGAAGACGGACUUGUUAACGUUCCUCAAGAACUUUCUGAAAUAAAAACAGUUGAAAAUAUGUACAUGAAACAGACUAUAACGGCGUUGCUUACACUGAACAAGAUUAGGAGUGGAAGUUCAACCUUGAAUAUGUUUUCGUUGCCUCCCAUGGAAACUAAGGAACCUGAGUUUUGGAAGAAAUUAAAUUUUAUAGUUCAAGAAGCUAAGUAAAAAUGAAAGUCUAUGGAUACUGAUAAUAAUAAUAAAUGUCUAACUGUCACUACUGAUUUGGUUUUAUUUGAAAACUUUUUAUGAUCAAUCUGUUUUAUCCUUUAUUGUUUCUUAAUCAUAAGUAUGUAUGUUCUAUUUUCAAGA